AUGGAUCAUGGAGGAGAAUUCAGGAUUACCGCAGGACUACGCAAAUAUGCCUGUGAUCUUACACUUGAUCCAAACACAGCAAAUACUCAUCUCAUUCUCUCUGAGGAGAACAGAAAGGUGACACGAGUGGUAGAGAAUCAAUCAUAUGCUGAUCAUCCAGACAGAUUUGAUGUGCGUCCUCAGGUUCUGUGUAGAGAGAGUCUGUCUGGGCGCUGUUACUGGGAGGCUGAAUGGAGUGGAUAUGCUGGAAUAUCAAUGACAUAUAAGGGAAUCAGCAGGAAAGGUUGGAGUCGUGACUGUGAGUUUGGAUAUGAUAAAAAUUCCUGGAGUCUGAUCUGCUCUGAUGGCACAUUCAUUGCUUUUCAUAGUUAUAAGCUAAACGUCAUACGUGUCCCUUCAGAGUCCUCUAAUAGAAUAGGAGUGUAUGUGGACAUGUCGGCUGGCACUCUGUCCUUCUACAGAGUCUCUGACACAAACACACUCACACACUUACACACAUUCAACAACACAUUCACAGAGUCUCUUUAUGCUGGAUUUGGGUUUGGGUUUUAUCAUUUGAACUCCUCAGUAUCUCUAUAUCAGAUUGAAAAGUCUGUCAACAGAGACAGAAACCUUUUACGCACACCUGAAUAAAAAUACUCUCACUUUAUAUUGCUUUAAUAAUUGCAUAUACACUAAAGUAUGUGUGUAGUCCUGUUGACCUUCACACAAAAACAGA